UCAAUCGGCUGACGCCGGCCGAUGGAUCGGAGCAAAUGUGACCCAGGCAUUAGCUAAACAUCAUAAAUCAUCAUUCAAAAUACUGUAGGAGGCGGGUCAACUGAGAAAUCAAUCUAUAGUUUGAGAUCCUGUUAUAUUCUAACUUGAGGAUUGUUGAUUGAAAGCAAGGAUGGUCACGACCAGGACAUACAGAAGAGUGACCGUUGAAUAUAUCCAGUUUCUGAUGCUGUAUGCGACUAUGUUAUCAACUUGUUCCUGCGUUCACUUAGCAAGUGAAAAUAUUCUAUGCACAAACAGUCACGUAGAGAUUGACGUCACACGUUUGUUCUCCGAGAUAAACCGAACUCAACCGCUAAUAUGUAUAAUGGGUCAUUCGGGCACAUCUAAUGGUACUUGUGUGAGUCGCCAAGGGGAUCUUAAUGUGCCCAUAGGUGAUUGUGGCAUUCAGUUGAAUAAAACUUUCCAUGUACAAAUUAUGGAAGACGAGGAUAUUGAAUCGGUUGAUGCCGGAACAGAGAUUUACAAAGUGACAUGUCUCAACUGGUAUUUAAAUGUUGAGAAACCAGGCGGACACGAGUACAAACUGGAAGCGAAAAUUGAACACGUCACAGGGAUGUUUGUUGAUCAGGACUACAUGAUAAAUGUUCAGAAAAAAGAACCAACACCAUAUAUGCAGAUCAUGGAUGGUGAUAAUAAUAUAGUGAACGAGCAAGAAGUCGAAAUCAACACCAAUCUUAGUCUAGUUAUUGGUAUUGAGGAAGACACAAUGUAUGCGUCGUUGGAGAUCGUUGUAAGGCAUUGCUAUGUCAUCGGCAAUGGGAAGAUUGUGAUUAUUACGGAUAACGGGUGUGCUACUAAACCAAAUAUUUUCAAAAAUUUUGUCACUGGCACCGGGGAUGAUUCUGGAAAGAAGAUGAGCUAUUUCAGGGCGUUUAGGGUGCGCAGUGAUAAUCCUGUCGCAAACGAUUCUCCUACGGUUACCUUCUUAUGCACCUUUCAAAUAUGCAGAAAAACGGACAAUAGUAGCACAUGUAUUCAGCCAGCUUGCAAUAACGGUCGACGUAAGCGUGAGAAUAAAUCGCCAGAAGAAGCCUUGACAAAAGAGGGGCACAGAGAAAUUAUGCAAUACAUCAAGGUCAUUGAUCCAUUGCCAACCACUAACGAUGAAUCCAAUGUGAAUACUUGCACCUGUAUGAGCUCAUCAAACUUUGUGAUAGCCUUGGUUGUGCUUUGUUCUUUACUAGGACUAUCAAUAAUUAUCGCAAUAAUUCUAGCGUCAAAGGAGUCGGGUCAAUUGAAAAUUGGGCUAAACUUUGAGCCAAAGCACGAACGUCUAAGCGUUUCUCUGCAUCAGGCAACUGGUUUAUCAAAAAGCCAAAUCCGAGGAAAUCCAGAUCCCUAUGUUAAGGUGACUGUCCUACAGCCAGGUACAGCAGAAACUAAACGGCAAACAAUGCCGAAGAAGAAAACCUGCAGUCCGAUCUUCGACGAAACAUUUCGAUUUAUCGUGUCCCCCAAAAUCGAAGACCUCAAAUAUACAUCAGUGAACAUUGCAGUGUACGAUCAUGAAUUGCUAAAAAGUGAUUAUGUGCUAGGGGAAAUCAGAUUGGGAUUUGGGUCGUGUUUAGAAUCGGGGCAGACCUUAUGGAUGGAAGUUCUGGAAAAUCCAGGCUCAAAUUACGUCAAAUGGCUGACAUUGAAUAAGAUAUCGUACAAAGACUGUUUAUAUUAAGUUCUAAUUUGUUUUAUUUUUGAUUGUUCUAAGUGUAAGUAUUCAGUGAUCC